ACUGCGGGUAGUUACGCCUGGGCUAUGCUGCCCCGACUCCGCGGCGCGUGGACCCCGGCGCUGCUUCAGUGCGCGGCCAAUUCUACCGCGGUCUCCAAAAGCAGAAGCGAGUCUAGAGGUACACGCUGGAGAAGACGUGAGGUACCACGACAUAAUAGACUGCUUGGAAUUCCUAGAACAAAAAAAAUGCCUGUUGAUCAAGAUUGGAGCAAUGUUUACCCAGUUGCAGCAUCAUUUAAGCCUUCUGUAGUUCCACUUCCCAUUCGAAUGGGCUACCCAAUGAAGAAAAGAGCACCUCCAUCAAAAGAGGGCAACUUGGAGCUUAUAAAGAUUCCCAAUUUUUUGCAUCUUACUCCUGGUGCAGUUAAGAAACACUGUGCAGCUCUUAAAAAUUUCUGCACUGAAUGGCCAACUGCAUUGGACAGUGACGAGAAACGUGAGCAGCAUUUUCCUGUUGAAAUUGACACAGUAGAUUAUGUUUCAGCAGGGCCAUCUAUUCGUAAUCCCAAAGCAAGAGUGGUGACCUUAAGAGUUAAACUUUCCAAGCUGAAUUUAGAUGACCAUGCGAAAAAGAAGCUUAUUAAACUUGUAGGAGAGCGGUACAGCAAGGAUACAGAUAUCCUUACCAUUACAACAGACAGAUGUCCACUAAGGAGACAAAACUAUGAUUAUGGAAUAUACCUCCUCACGGUUUUGUACCAUGAAUCUUGGAAAACUGAGAAGUGGGAAAGUGAAAAGACUGAUGCAGACAUGGAGGAAUAUAUCUGGGAAAAUACCUGCUCUCAGAAGAAUGUCUUGGACACACUUCUGCGAAUAAAAGCUGCAGAGAAAAUCAGUGAUGUGCCUAGGGAAGAACUGCUUGCUUCUGAGAUAGUUGAGAAUUACAAAAACUCUGUGGUCCUGCUUAAAAACGAGGGGGAAACAGAGGAUAACAUGUCUAAGUACAAGGAAUCAGUGAAGAAACUGCUGAAUCUGCAAGGAUUCCAAUGAAAAUAGACUUGCUUAAGUAUAAAGCUCUGCACCAAGGUGAAUUUUAUUUCUGAAAGGUUGAGCUGUUGCGGGGAAUGGUCCAGCUGUUUUUGAAAGAAAGGAGAGAGGAGGUGAAAGUAAAAACAUUUUUCCAUUUGAAGAAUAUUUGCUUGUUGCAAUUUUGACUUGGAAGAUACCAUGAAUUGUUGAAGAAUGUCUGGCUUUUUUUCUACUUGACUGGGCCUGAAGGCAGAAUCUGUCCAUUAAUAUAGUUGUACCAUCUGUAGAGCAAUGGGGACCCUCAAGUACUAUGAUGACAUUGUGUAAUGUACAUUUUUAUAACCUUAAUUGCUGAUCUUUAUCUGCUAGGGCAUAUUACCCUUGCAAAGCAGAGUCUACAAAAGACUGUUCUCUGUUUAGACAGGUGCAAACAGGGGAAGUACAAUAACAAAUGUACAGGUCUGCAUAGCACCUUAUUCGUAUCAGUGAUGCUUCAUUAAUGUGUUGUAAUGCAUCGGCAGCAUUCUAAAGCUUACAUACCUUCACCUUAUUACAUGGGGAAGUGUUUCAUUUAAAGGUAGAGAUAAAUGUAAAUCAAGAAACUGCUAGCUUUGUAAACCUGAUUCAGUAGUUUGUGGAAGUAAUAUUUGAACUUUAUUAAAGCAUGAAAAGAGCACUUGGCAUUCUACCAUCAGACAAAGAAGCAUUGAUGAUGUCUACAAACAGUGGGCCUAUUAUCUCACAGCUGGCCUUUUCCAGCCAGGAGCAGCAUGGAGCUAGUGCAGGAGUAAUGGCCACAGGUACUUUCAGGACUUCAGUGAAUAUUAUAGGCUGAAACAUCAUCAGACAAGGCUACUAAAUGUGUUCCUUUGGGACCACUGUCCUGUCCUCACAGAUGCAGAUUUCUCAUUCUAAAUGCAACAGUUUUCUCUGAGGGAGAAAAAAUCUACUUGCAGUGAGAAAAUUCUCACUCCAGUGGAAGCAGCUCAUAUUAGCACUGCCUUUUUAGUGCUUACCUAUAUGGUCUUGGAAUCCUUGUUUCUUCUUUGCACCUUAUUUUUGGACAUUAUCAUAUGUACAUACAUACCACACAUACCUCUUCCCAAAAAUUAGCUCUCUAAAAUUGGGAUACAUCUUUAUGAGAGGAAGCUGAUCUCCACACUAAAGUGGAGGCAUAGGGAUGCUAGAAUGGCUGCUAGGGAUGUUCUGGGCUCUAUCAAGGAAGGAUGGAGGUCCAGUCCCUCCUUGUCACUCACUUGCUAGCUACAGCUCCAGAGGUACAAGUUUAACCCUGUCACUGCCAAAUUGGCAACAGCUUUUGGCCAAGGAGGGUUAAACUUGUAGCUCUGGAGCUGCAGUUUAGAGCGUGGGUGACACUGACAGCUGAACUAUGCCCAUCUUGUAUGUAACCAGAACAUUCAGCCAUGUUGAUCCCAGGCUGUGACGGUUAAGAUUCUAGAAAAACAGUUUUUCUUCAUCUGCCUUCCCAGAGCAAGUUGCAUGUCUUAUAUGUGAGGGUGUGAUAUGUGAGUAAUAUGAUACUACUUUACCUCCCCCCCCCCGACUUUGUCUACUACUCAUUUCUUUUGCAGAGCCCAGAAGCACUUUUUAUUUCAACCAGGCCUUUCUAUCAAGUGUUGGUAUAGGCUUUCCAAAGUCACCUGGUUUCAAACUCUGUACCUCUUGCCUCCCAUAGAUGGGCACAUCGAGUGCCUUCCCUGCUUGAAGGGGUCCCAGGUCUACAGGAACCAUGCAAGGUGAUCACUUCCUAGACCAGGAAGGAGUGUGAAGUCAUAUCUCAGGUUUACCUCCUGCCAUCAUCAGGCUCUGAACCCAGAGUGUAGGACUCAAUUGGGAGCAGGCCUUCCAGGGAGCAAAUUCCUCCUCAAAGACUAUCUUCCACACAGUGCCAAAGAUGAGCUUCCUGGUGAGCAUCAGCCUGGAGACUGUUCCAGAGGGAGACUGCCAUUGCAGGAUCCUCGAGAGAGAUUCUUUACUUCACUUCUAAACUUCAUGGCCCCAUGAAGAAUAUUGACAAAGCUCAGAAAUAUCCCUUUCUUAGAGCUACCAGUGUGCCUUCCUGGAGACUCCCCCUCAUCAGGCCCUAAGGAAUUAAGCCCCCAAGGUUCCUCCUUCAGCACCUAGUUAUCAUGGAACCACCUUCUUGGCACCAAUCCUUAUUUCAGUAGUAGUGCUUGCUCCUCUACUGAUACUCUGUUUUCUCCCUACAGCCUUCUGCUAUUCUAUCCCAUAUACUAAUGGCAAUUUCUCCAGAGGUUCUGUUUCUGUUCUUUGGUUUCCAUGUGACUAAUCUGACAUGCCCCUUCCUAGCUGAGGAAGUUUUGGUUUCCAGAGCUGCUGCUCUUGUUGGAGAGAAGCCCAGGACUGCUGUUCUUGGACCAGCUUUUCCAGAACAGGAGGACACUCCAGAAAUAUCUGCAUCCCCUUACCUUCAUAGCCUCAAUGCUGGAAGGUUCUCAAUAAUGAAGUGGGCCUGCUUACUCCAUCAGGGACAUUAUUGAUAACUGAAGAUACUCUACUAAAUGAUCCUACCUACCUGUCAUUCAAAGCUUCUCUCCCAUUGUAAGGUUGUUACUGGAGGUAUAUUAGACUACUACACAAAACAGAAGCAAAGUGAUCUCAGUUGUUAUCACAAUGUCACUCUAUUAUUAUAACUUGUCACCUAGCCACAGAGCGUCAGCCUUUUCUACCCAGCAGUAUUAAAGUUCCCCAAUUAUGACAAAACAUAUUCCUGGUGAUAAGAAAUGGGUCCCUCAGUGCAACCUGAAUUUAAAGUUUAUGGUCUUAGUGAACACACAUUUGUAAUGAAGGUAAUUUGCUUGCUUUCCAUGUGUCCACGAAGGUGGCUUUGUUGGUGUCUAGCACUCCAUCAGAGAGAGAAGGGCAAGAUUCAAGUGAGAUCUUUGUAAAUAAAUAAAAAGAAUUAAUUAAAACUCGCUCCCAAGUUUUAAUUUAUUUGCAAAAUAUGUCUUAAGCAGCAGAUGUGAUUAUUGCUUUUUCUUGCAUAAACCUCACUUCCUGAGAGCUUGCAUAUUUUUCCACAAACUGAUUAUCUUUUCUCUGUGUAGGACUCU